AGUGACGCAACUCCACGCUACGCUCCGCCUGAAGAUGUCACGUGUGUUGAAGUAGGAGGGCGUUCAUAUGAACAACACUGAGCGACUGCGUGCGGCAGAGUGGUUCCGAAACACAGACUUCUCUACCGGCGCACGUCGCUGUCAUUCCCCCCCCAUAUAGCUGCGCUUUUACUGGCUUCAGUCCGUAGCUGUUUACCGAACUGGUGUCACCAGGCACUAAGUCGUCCGUUUAGCAGCGGGUGCGGAGUUAUUAACUCACGGUACCGAGCUAACGAGGCAUUAGCAAGUGAUGAGCAGGGGCCUGUUUCUUUUGGACGUCCAGCUGAGGUUACCGACAGGGCACGUUGUUGCUUAGAAGCCCCAAGAGAUCCUUCAUUCAGCCCGCGGCUCUGCUGAAAACCCUCCAUACUCUGCCGCUUGUUUUAACCGACGCUUCAUGCGAGCUCUCCCACCUGGACAGACGAGCUAGCUAGCUAUUGCCCGGCGUGCCGUUUAAAUAGAAAGCAGGCAGCAAGAGCCGAACAGCGGUCACUUUAUACCUGCGGUCAGCGUGUGCGAUGGGUCUACUGUCACAGGGAUCUCCACUGAAUUGGGAAGAAACCCGAAAGUAUGCUGACCACAUUAGAAAACACGGUAUCAUCCAGUUUCUCAACAUCUACAACAAACUGAAGGAUCGUCAGAAAGAUGUGCUAAAGUGGGGCGAUGAGGUUGAAUACAUGUUGGUGGAGUUUGACGACAAGGAUGAGAAGGUUCGCCUCGUCCUGAAUGGUGGAGAUGUUUUAGCAACUCUGCAGGACCAGGGAGAAAACAUAAACCCCAAUCACCCCACACUGUGGAGACCAGAGUAUGGUAGCUACAUGAUCGAGGGAACUCCAGGUCAGCCAUACGGCGGGACAAUGUCAGAGUUCAACACUGUUGAGGGCAACAUGAGGAAGAGGCGGCGCGAGGCGUCAUCUGUCCUGAACCCAAAAGAAACUCUCUGCACCGUCACCGCAUUUCCAAGGUUAGGCUGCCCGGGUUUCACCAAACCAGAGUACCGACCAACUCCUGUUGAAACAGGAGUGUCCAAGUCGCUGUUUUUCCCCGAUGAAGCCAUCAACAGACACCCGAGAUUCAGCACUCUAACCAGAAACAUACGUCACAGAAGGGGAGAAAAAGUUGUAAUAAAUGUGCCAAUUUUCAAAGACAAGUGCACUCCAUCUCCGUUUGUGGAAGAGUUUCCUGAGGAUGAUGGCGAAGCAGCGAGGGCGGCUCUGCCUGACCAUAUCUACAUGGAUGCCAUGGGCUUCGGCAUGGGCAACUGCUGUCUGCAGGUGACAUUCCAGGCUUGCAGCAUUGAUGAGGCAAGGUAUCUUUAUGACCAACUAGCAACAUUCUGCCCCAUUGUGAUGGCACUGAGUGCAGCCUCACCCUUCUACAGAGGCCAUGUGUCAGACAUCGACUGUCGCUGGGGAGUUAUUUCUGCUUCGGUGGACGACAGGACGCAGGAGGAGCGUGGGCUAAAGCCUUUAAAAAACAACAAAUACAGGAUCUUCAAGUCGAGGUAUGAUUCCAUUGACAGCUACCUGUCCUGCUGUGGGGAAAAGUACAAUGACAUUGAUUUGACGAUAGACGAGGAGAUCUACAAGCAGCUGCUGAGUGCAGGCAUCGACAAGCUCCUGGCCCAGCACAUAGCGCAUCUUUUUAUACGAGACCCACUCUCUGUCUUUGAGGAGAAAAUACACUUGGAUGACGAGAACGAGUCCGAUCACUUUGAGAACCUCCAAUCAACCAACUGGCAGACGAUGAGGUUCAAACCUCCCCCUCCAAACUCUGAUAUCGGCUGGAGAGUCGAGUUCCGCCCCAUGGAGGUGCAGCUCACUGACUUUGAAAACGCUGCAUAUGUGGUGUUUGUGGUCCUGCUGACCCGUGUGAUCCUGUCCUACAAACUGGACUUCAUAAUCCCGCUGUCAAAGGUGGAUGAAAACAUGAAGGUCGCGCAGAAGAGAAACGCUGUCCAGGAAGGCAUGUUUUACUUCCGCAAGGACAUCUUUAAAGGCUGCAACCCGGUGCUCGAUGGCACUGCGUCUGCUCAAAACGGCUUGGAGUCUGAUGGUGCCAAUGAGGAGUACACACUGAUGAGCAUUGACACAAUCAUCAAUGGAAAGGAGGGAGUAUUUCAAGGGCUUAUCCCAAUACUUAACUGCUACCUGGAAAACAUGGAGGUGGAUGUGGACACCAGGUGCACCAUCUUGAAUUAUCUGAAGCUCAUAAAGAAACGUGCCUCAGGUGAACUGAUGACCAUGGCCAAGUGGAUGAGGGAAUUUGUCGCGAAGCACCCCGACUACAAGCAGGACAGCAUCAUAACCGACAAGAUCAACUACGACCUGCUCAGAAAGUGCGACAGGAUUGCUAAAGGAGAGGAGCAGUGCCCUGAGCUCAUUGGCAACCCAGUUAACAGAUCCCAGUAAACGAGAGAGGAGGGGAAAAAAUAUUGUAGAUGAUACAAACAUGCAUGUAAAGAAAGACCAAAAGUGUGGCUCGGAACAGAAGAGGUCCAAUCAUAUGAGAAUGCAAACCGGCAUGUGUGUAAUGUAAAGAAAUGCACCUGCUUCAGACAUAUGUGUGUGUGU